AAGUGAAAAGCAGGACAGUAGUAGACCAUAACCUAAGCCUAAGCAGUUCAAGUUCAAUGACUAUAAAAUACAAUUAGAUUGAUAUUUAUGGAUUUUAAUUAAGGUUCUAGAUCUAGAGACUAUAUUAAAGGAUGUCUUUAGAAGGAACAUAUCAUGAUUCCCUAGAGACAAUAAAGAAAGAAAUCGCACAGCUCUUGAACACCAAUAGUAAUACACAUCCUCUAGCAUCAGCACCAUUUCAAAAGUUUCUAUAUGAAAGUAUAAACUUUCUAAGCAAAACCCCUGAAGUAAAGAAGUGUCUAGAAUGGUUUGAUGUUGUCUGUACAGCACUGGAACUUCUGAUCCAAAAACAAGAGGAAUGGGAUCACAAGCGACUGUCUCACCAACAAAUUCUUACUUACCUCAGCCACUACUUGUAUCAUUUGGUCAAAAUUGAAGGCACUCCCCUAGAAUGGUACCUGAAGUUGGGCUAUGCCACCUUAGAGUUCCUUGCUGCAUAUUCCUUGACGCCAGGCUACCAUAAAGACUUCACUGCCAAGCUAGUGUCCAAUGUUUAUGGGUGCCUGUACAACUGUGGCCAGAAAGCCAAGAAAGAGUCCCGGGCAGAGGAUAGCACACAAGUGUUGAAAGUCUACGAGCUCCUGCUUUUGGCAUGCUCUAUUCAGUGUAUGGAUGUAACUAAUGCUAACAGAGAUGGACUGAAGUCUGCUAAAGAGUUUUUAACAAGUUUAAUCCCACAACUGAGUCCGAGACAAAAAUGUAGCCAGAGAGAAGUGACCAGUGUUUAUGUUCUAGCUUUGAAGACUUUUACCCUACAGCAGAGAGAUGUGCAGUCAGAAAGUAGUCAGUCAUACAUGAUUGAUUUGUUUAGAUUAACCUUAACCCAGAGAAAUCUGUGUGAGAUGUUGUUAGGAUGUGAAGGAAAUCUAUACAAGGUGAAACUACCCAAAGUCACUUCUUACUUUCCCUGUGAUAGCGUAGAAAAGGUUAGGCAGCACAAUCAGUCAGUUACAGCAGAUAUAACGGAAAAUAUUGCACAAGAUAUUGUUCUUUCAGUUUUAAAAUUUAUUUUCAAACUGUCAUCUCUGGUUGAUGGUCAAGAGAAUGAAAGAAACAAGCCUUUAAAGUCAUCAUUGGAAUUAAAUUUUCUAAAAGAUAUACAGCAAUGUAUAAGCCGGCUGCAAGAACUUCUCUCUGAGUCCCACAAACCAGUCAGUAUUGCUAUUAGUGACAGCCUUGCAGCCCUUACACAUUUAAAACUUGAUCCCAAACCCAUGCCGCUUGAGGUUCUUCUGGUCAUCUACCAAAUGAUGAGUGUCUGUGUGGAAGUCUUUGUUAGAGAUGUUCUGUACAAGGCAGCCAAAGAAAGUCAAACAUCAUUGGUCUCCUCAAGAAUUUAUUAUAUGGCUGUGGGGGAUAAAACUAGAAUGAGUGCAUUGCAGGCGCUUUUAAAUCAUGAUAUAUCAGACCACAUUGUGGAGCUAGCUGAACUUCAAAAGUCUACCAUCAAAUCUUUAUGUAUUCUGGUCCAAGCAGUGAAAAAGAAAAAUAUUUUGGCUUUGUAUCCUAAUGGCAUUCAGCAAGUUGUAAAAAGUCUAGAAGACUCAGUGUCUAGUCUAGGAGUUUUUGGAAGACAGUUACGUCGUCUGGGCAAGUAUUCUGAUGUCAUAGAACUACUUUCACCACUGUGGCCAAUGACUAGUAUGGACCAGUUGCUGCCUCACAUAAGUCAUCAUGAAUCCCUGGCUGAGUGCUAUAGGUUGACAUCUCAACCUAACAAAGUGUAUCAGAUAGUAGCCACGGCAGCCAAACUAGACCUGUCACUGGUGACUGAGCAAAUACUCAAGACUUUGAUUGGACUCAAUAAACAAGAUCCCAAUUUGCCAAUAUUGAAGAUCUUUGAUAGUUGUAAAGAGGAUGAUGCUAAACAUGCAAUGUUAUUGGUGAGAGUUGUCAGAGGAAUGAUGAAAAGCAAACAAAGUUUAUUUCUGCACAAAAGUAUUCAGAAAGUAUUGAGCUGUUUAGUUAACCACCCUGGGUUGACUGUGAUGGAUAAAGCCAUGUACACAUCCUAUCUGGCAGCAGUCAAAUGGUAUUCUAGUCAUGAAAUGCAGGAAAAGAGGCACUUAGCAGAAGAAUUGAUGGAGAUGCUGACAAGAAGCUGUUCAGUGUUGAUGUCAGGCGCAGAGCAAAAGUAUGAUGAUGUUGUAGUGCAAGCUGUAUUUCUCUACUGGGAAAUGCUGCAUAGAUUAACUUGUCUAGAAAAAGUUAACACAGUGGAAGAGUCUCUAGACUCCACACCCACUCAAGCCCCCCCUGUGAGUACACCUAGGACUCCAUCAGAACCACCAGGUCCAUUAGAUCCCCAGACACCACUGGAAGUGCAGGGAACCCCAGAGAGAGUCAAGCUGGUCAACAGAUUAGCAUCCACCUCAACGCCUGUGUCCCGUGCCAAGAGUCAGCUAACCAAAGACAAAGGAAAGGGACGUGUAGCAUUGCCUUGUCAGGUUGAUAGUGACAUGCUGAUGGAGAAAGUUAAAGACUGCUUGGCUGUGUGGGUCCAAUGGUUCACAACCUAUCAUGAGGAACUCACUUCCUGGGAAGAUGGAAGUUUUAGAGCUAUGAAAAGUCUGGCAUUUCUUGACAAAGUCUCUGAAGUGGCCAAAGUGAACCAUAAUAUCCUCAUAGGUUUGCAGUCAGUUUGUUAUGCCAAAAAUCUAGCUUUAAAAAUGAAAGACACAGAAGCUGUCCAACGAUUAACAGCCAGGUUACUGUCAUUGAUGUCACAACUGGGUGUCAAAUAUCAGGAUGGAGUUGGUUUCAUUGAUACUGGUGACAAGGAUUUGUUCAUAGAAGAUGAUGUGUUCCUGUCAUCUCUAGGCCUUGGCAAAGAUGUUCAUGUUUUAGACCUUGUGUCUCUAGCGGAAUACUACUAUAGGUUGGGAGAGAUUCACAGAUUCGUUCAAGUGCGAGAUGUUAUCUUCGACUUGAUAGAAAAAUGUCGCGACAAAGGACCUCUGACCCCCAGCACCAGUACAGCACUAGGUAUCAUCAAGAGAUUGUCUGCUGAGUUCCACAGUUCUCCUCAGGCACUGGACUAUUGCAGUGAUCCUGGUCCAAUCUAUGAGUGGUAUCCAACAAUCCAAGUUGGAGAUUCUAUGAAGUACAUCACCAGUGUUGCUAUGUUUUACUUGGGGAAAGAUUACAGAAAUCUGGAAAGUAGAGAUCUUUGUGAGGACUACUGGAAUGUGGUUCAUGAAUACCUCUGUACUCUCCUUUUGGUGGGAGAUCUAUUCAUGUAUGUGGGAAAUAUUAAGUAUGCCAAGACUCAUUUUACUGAGGGGCUGAAGAUGUCUGAGUCUUGUCUUCUGGUCACAUGGAGUGCAUUGUUUUUGUCUAGACUUGCUCAGGUGGCACUCAACAGCUAUGAGACUACAAAAGAAGCUGACAACUUUAUGAAGAGAGCUCUGACUCUAGUCCAGAGAUAUUGUGUAACAAUGUCUCCGUCUCCACUAAUGCUGAAAGGUUUGAUGAGUGAUGAUGUCUUGCCAUGUGACAUGGGAGAUAAACAAGACUUCUGCUCUUCUUGUAAUUCACUUCAUGGAAACUUGACUAGAAGACGUCAAAAUCUAAUGUUGUGUUGCAUUAAGCCUGAUGGUAAAGAUGUUGAUCAAAGUGGUUUGACUCUGUUCUGUCACAGAGAUCAUUGCAGCCAGUGUUUCUUAGCACCAGUAGCACAAGUGGUUGCAGAAUUGAUGUGGCUACAAGCUGAGAUUUCCCAAAGAAAUGAAGGCCCAGGUACAUCAGUGCUUAGAUCACUUUCCACAGCCUACUGUAAUGCAGAAAGUUUACAAAAGAAAUGUUACAAGGAAACUGUCCAGAGCAUUUUGGAAAAGACAGGCAUACCGGUGAAUGUAGACAACAUUGCUUUGAACAAAAACUAUGAGUGGGUGUUAGAGAGCCAAAUCAGGCUGGCAGAAGUCUACUUCCACUUGAUAUAUGCUGGUGAGGCUGUGGAGGAGGUCAACAUGGACAGUGUGCUGCAUUUCUUAAAUGACAUCCUCCAAUCCAGCAAACUGGCUGUAGACACCAACCGGACGCGCAUACAUGUUGCAUCUGCCCAGCUGUUGAGAGUUCAUUUGAAAUAUAUCUCCACUCAGCUGAAGUCCUCUGAAGAAAGAACUCCAGAAAUCUUAGCAUCUGGAGAAUUAAUCACAGAUGACAAGAUUAUUGAGACUGAUGUCACUGAGGUGAAAAGUUUCAAAAACUAUUGGGAUGCAAAGAAAACUUUGGAAUUUUUCACACCUUUAGAGCCUGCCAGCACUGACACUGAAUCAGACAAACCUAUCUCAAAAGCAAAAGAUUUUUCUGGCCUAAAAUGUAUUCCUUCAACUACGCCUGCUUGUCGACCUCGACCCACAACUUCUGUCUCUCAAACUGAAAAACGAAAAACAACUAGGAAAAUUUACUCUAAAAACUUGUUCGUCUUUGAUGACUCAGAAAACUCUGAUACUGCUAGUAAAAUUGUUGAAACUGUAAAUCAGUCACAGGACUUAUCAGAAAUGGCGAAAGUAAAUCUAAACAAGUUGACUGAAAAAUCGAGUCUAAAAACUAAAGCAUUGAAUUCUCUAAAGACAAAAACUUUAUCUGUUACCCAGGAGAAUGCUGCUGAUCAGUUAGCUGGAAGUCUUCAGAACAUGUGCAUCAGUUCAUCAAAGCACACUGAAGAAAGUUUAGAUGAUAAAGGCGCUAGUCUGCCUUCCACUAAACUUGCAACUAGAAAGAGGCAGUCUCCAUUAUCAAGCAAACCUCACAGUGUUGCCUGUGAUGAAUGUGAGGAACAAGAGAAGCUGAAAGAAGUUAUGGAGGUGGCCAAACCUAAAAAAGCCAAAACUGGGCAAUCUACAAGACAGAAAAGUAGGGUGAAGAUUGAGGCCCCACCAAGUGAUCCCACUUCUGAGGAAUGUAUUGAUGUCAGGAGCGAUAUGAAGGCACAGAAUGCGGAUGUUGCUGAAGCUGGUGGGAUUAAUGUUAAGAGACGCAGGAAAAUGGCGAACCAGGAACUUGAGAGUGAGAAAAAUAGUGCAGUUGAUGUAGUUCUGCAAGAAAUUGAUAACAAAUCAACAAAUGCUGUUAAAAGAGAGGUGAGACCUAGAAGAGAGAGAAAAACUGUUUCAAACAAAGGCAAGGAGAAUGAUGACCAGGCUCCACCAAGAAGAGGAGGUAGGAGAAAAAAAACAGGGGAUUCUCCUGAGCUGGAAAGAGCAGCCAUUGAUUCAAAGCAUUUCAUUAACUUGAGCCCUCUGGGUGGCAUGGUGGUCAGAUCACCCAUUUAUGAGAAAGAUGAAUUGGAGGAAAAGCUUGAUCUGGAGAGAUCUUUACUGUUUCGAGAUGUCUUGUUAAGUGCUGACUCCAUAAGUUCUAAGUUAAUUAAAGCAAGACCUCCUAACAUUGAGGCCUACUACUCUCCUAUUGAGAUUCCUCGUGGAAGAAGGAAAGGACAGACCCAAGAAGAAAGCAAAGUGCCUCCAGUGACAUCAAAAGGAAAAAGAAUUUUAAAGGGAAGACAAGAGACAAAUGUGUCGGAGCAUAAACCACAUGAAGCUCAUGCAGAGAACACUGAGAUCAAGUCACUAGAAAACUCAUUGAAGAGGCUUCAACAUUUCCCUCAGUCUUUUGUGUAUAGUCAAAUCUCAAGGUCUUUAGCUGCAGAAGAAUUUAACAGGCAUGCAUCCUUAGAGAUCAAGUCCAAGAGUCGGUGUGACCAAGUGGAUCAAAGCCGAAUUGCUGCUUACCUGACAGAGUCAAUGCAUGUCACUUUUCGACACAUAAUGAUAAGAAACCUUGGUGCUAAAUUAAAGAAAUGUGCCAGAUCAAAGGUUACGUGUGAGAGAGAUGAGCCCAGUGAUUGGGCAGAACUUGAGGGAGAUGAACUAUCUUCAGAAGUUAAGGCCAUGAGUGAGGCACUCAGUAAACUGAAGGCCAGUGAUCAGGUGGACACCUUAAGCCACAGACUCAAAGAUAUUCCUUCAGAGUGGACUAUGGUUCAGUUGACAGUUGUCAACUAUGACCCCUUGAAUCCUGGAAAAGGUCAGCUGUUGGUGACCAGGAUGUCAUCUGCCCAAGAUCCAGUGACACUGGAAAUUCCUCCAGCAAGAUGGCUAUCACUAAUGAGAGUCCUAAGAGUGUAUGAAGCAGCCAUCAUCCACCAAGAGAAACUCUCCCCAGCAGAGUACUGGACUUACAGAUAUAAAAAUGAUACAGACAUGCAGAACUUGACUUUCUACCUUCAAGAAGUGAUUUUGGCUGGUCACAAGUGGUUCCUGCGAGGGAAGGUCAAUCUUAGCGAGUAUCCUUCUGUGGGAACAUUGAUAGAGACAGCCACCAGUGUCACAGCUGAUCAGAUUUAUCAACAACUUGGUUAUAAACUUGACCAAAAAACUCUCAAGGUGGUUUUUGAAGUUCUGUUGUGUGCACAUGAGCAGGAUGUUGAGUCCAUGCUGCAAUCUAUGUGGCCCAAAGAUGUGGCUGAUGCCGUUACAAAGGCUUUGUUGGAACUGCAGUCGCAGGUUGUCAAACUGUAUGGUGAGAGGCUACAGGUGACCAGAGGCCCAGUCAUACUUUUAUUAGACAAGACUCUGAAUAAGCUGCCAUGGGAAUGUAUGCCGGACUUGGCCCAGGAAACCAUAACCAGGAUGCCAUCUCUGAGUGCCCUGCAGGCUUUUUUGGCCCUCCACACAAUCAAGAGAACUUCAGGUUUCCAGCAUGGGGUGGACCGAGACAAUGUGGUGGCUGUCAUUGACCCAGAGACCAACCUGAGCAAUGCUGUGAAUGUUCUGCUACCCCAGCUAGAACGGUACAAGGGCUGGACUAGUUUAGUACAGAAAGCUCCAACCGUUGCUGACUUGAAGAACUUUUUAAAGAAUCAUUCUCUCUAUCUUUACUGUGGUCAUGGCUGGGGAAACCAGUUUGUGGGAGGAGAUGACCUUCAAAUGUUCCGUGCCAAGGCUGCAGCAGUGCUGAUGGGAUGUCAAAGUGGCAAGUUGGAUUACAAGUCAAAGCUAGAUGGGGAUGGAGGACCAUUGUAUUUCCUGUUAGCUGGCUGCCCUUCAGUGAUUGGCAAUCUGUGGCUAGUCACUGAUAAAGACAUUGACAAGUUGACAUCCAAGUUCACAGCAGAAUGGAUGGCACAGACAAAACCAGUUACAAUGAGCCAAAUACUGUCCAUUGCCAGGAAGGUGUGUAAGCUGCAGGGACUCAAUGGCUUUGCACCAGUUAUCUAUGGAUUGCCAGUGUUGAUGAACAAUUAGAUGCAUCAAGGCACUAUGUACUUUGUUUUUAUUUCAAUAAUAAAUGAAUUGAGCACUAUUUAAUCAUCCAUGUUUUCAUUUUUUUAAUCCUAUGACUUAAGGUUAGGAUGUCAUUAUUUAUUAUUGUCUUUGCUGCAAAAAUUUGAAUGAAUCAGUGAAGAUGUUUUGUUGUGAUUUGAUGUGUAUGCAAUGAAGACUAUAUACAUAAUGGUGAAAUUAUUUAUGAGCAGUUUUGUUAUACAUGUAUUGUAGUUAGUGAACUACCAAUUAUUAUUGUAUAUUAUUUUAUUAACCAAGAGGAAUUAAUAAAGCUUUGUGAACAUGAGUGUAGAGUUUAAUCUUUCUUUUCAAUGUGAAUAUUAACUGCUGUCAGUCUUGCAUAUCAUUUGGGUCACAGGUUCUUGGUGCAUUCAUCAGUACUGGUAUAGUAACUGAAACAACAGUUUACAUACUUUUCAUGUUACAGUGGUUUAAAAAAAAAAAAAGGUAACCUAUUUAGACCUUCAAUGAGGACAGAUGAUGUCAAGCUCUAUGUGGGCCUUCAUUUUCCCAAUGCAUGUCAGGUUAGAAAUAGAUGAACUGCUUAAAAUCCCAGGAUUUGACCUUAUUUUUGUGUUCUGAAACCAAGUGACAUGCCCCUCAUUUAGACAAGAUCAAACUGUGUUUGCCAAGUUACAUGCCUUCAUAAAGACAAAAUCAAAAUGUGUUCACUUUUAUCUAUUAAUAUGCUUUAUGUUGGGCUGAGUUGACUAAGCCAAAUAACAUUUUUAAAAGACAGGAAGUGUUUCAAGAACUUGGAAUACAUACAAAAUUUAUUGAUGAUUUGUCUGUGAGCAAGAGGGCACAUGAAUUAAAACCAACAGACAUAAUCCAGCUAAAUGUGAUAGAAAAAUAAAAUCAAAAGUAGUUCAACAUAGGAUAGAGAAUGUAGUACACUAAAUACAACCAUUGAUCUAUAAAAUGAUGUUACUUGUACUGCGAUUGCAAUUCAUUUCAAAUAAGAAUGAAGCAGUAAAAUGAAAAUGGAACAUUUUCCUCUUUAAAAUCUAAAUAGGUUAAAAACUUUUUAAAAUAUAAGAAAUGAAAAUGUAUUUAAUACAUGUUAAACUUUCUUAGCAUUAAAUGAAGGAUGUCUAAUAUUUUAAUAUUAUCUUUCAAAAUGUUUUUUGGACCAAACUCCACCCCAGAAACAAGUCUAAACCUGUGUACCAAUGUUUUUUUGUUUUUUUUUAAAUACUGGUAGCUAGUGAAAGGUCAGUAGACUGCUAUUUACAUGGAAAACAUAUACACUAGCUAAUCACUUAGUCAAACUUAUAACCUCUUGUAGUACUAAACUGGUUGUUUACACUUCUUGAUCAUCAUGCAAAAACAAAUUUACAUCUGUAAUUAUACUUUCACUAAACUUGGGGUUGGACCAAUAAAUCAAUAAUACAUCAUUAAUUUAGUAUUAGUUAUCUUUAGAAUACAGAUGUAUUAUAAUAUUUACAGUUUUUGGUGUGUACACAUCAACCAAAAUGAUCAGGUAUAUUCUUGUUAACAUAUACAGAAAUUAUUGAUCCAACAGAAGAAGGUUCCACCCCUUAUAGACAUUCUAUUUCAUCAUUUGACCAAGUGACUAUUUGACAUCUAUCCUCCUUCUCAGAGUAGCAGGUAGAAAAACACUAGGGCCAUGCAAGAUGCAACCUUAUAUAUUCAAAGAAGGUGAAAUGAUGAGAAUG